UUAAUUUCAUUCCACUGGAAAACCCGUAGCAAAAACUGGCAAAAGAAAGCCCCGGAAAAAGAAAUGAUUAAAUUAUGGGAUCCUCAUUGGAUACUUGAGAUGAGGGCCACCAGAUUAUUUUGUAGUAGGAGCAGUUGAGUAAGGAUUGAGCAGUGAGGACUGAGUACUGGAGUGAGGAUUGAGAGGAUUGAGUGAGGAUUGAGAGGGUUGGGUGAGGAUUGAGAGGGUUGGGUGAGGAUUGAGAGGACUGAGAGGGUUGGGUGAGGAUUGAGAGGACUGAGCGAGGAUUGAGGACUGAGCGAGGAUUGGUGAGUUGGUGCCGUAAACCAGAUGAGAUAGGCGUAGUACAGCGGAAAUAAAGAGAAAAAAAAGUUACUCCCUCCAGCUUCUUCUUUAUGGUCCACCAUGACCGAUAAACCGCCACCUAGAUCCAGUCUGUUGAGUGAUCUACUAAUACCGCAACAGAAGGAGGAAUCAAUUCCUAUAGCACGGGUUCGUUCGGUGACACCCACCAGUGACCGAGAUGGAGAGAAAAAAAAUUUAAAUGGUAAGACCCAAACCAUAUUCAUCCACAAAUUGUAUGAUAUGUUGGAAGACGGGUCGAUAAAUCACUUGAUAUGGUGGUCUUCCAAUAACGUGUCUUUCUACUUGUUGCCGGGAGAAGAAUUUUCAAAAGUGUUGGCGUUGUAUUUCAAACAUACCAAUAUUGCCUCUUUUAUUAGACAAUUGAAUAUGUAUGGGUUCCAUAAGGUGAAUGAUAAUUUUCAGAAUUCUUCUUCCAGUGACGAUGCUGAAGCUGGUUCUUCGGCAGCAAAUGAUAUCACCAAAUGGGAGUUCCGUCAUUCUACUAAUCAAUUUCGUAAAGGUGAUUUGGAAAGCUUGAAAUUGAUUAAAAGAAGAUCUCUGAAAAAUGUUAAUAGUCAUAAAGAAGUGGUCAAUAUCAAGUCAAUCCCGCCAAUCCCCACCUCCAAUCCGUACCAUGGGGAAGACGAUGAUCCCCAAGAAGAGUACCAUCACAACUUACAGCAGCAGCAGCAGCAGCAGCAGCAACAACAACAACCACCACCUCCACUACAACAACAUCAUCAUCAGCUGCAACUGCAACAGCUGCAGCAACAACAACAACAACAACAACAACCACAAGAACCCCCGGACUACUUUGAUGAUUCCCACCUGCAACUGCAAAGCCGCACCCACCUGCAGUCAAUCGACCAUCUUAGCUAUAAACUCUUCCAACUCCAUAACAACUAUAACCAAUUGAGAAAUGACCAUCUUGCCUUGGCCUCCAAGUACGACACCGUCUCGCUCGAGCUCCAUAAAAAUCAAUUGGACCUCGUCCACUUGGUCGACUUGAUCGAACCCAUGCUUGACAAAAAAGACCCCGAUCAUUCAGAACGCUCCAGGACUCCAGUCAAAUUCUUAAACGCUGAUGACUUGAAUACCCUGCCAAUGUCAAGACCCUCUACAAACCUUCCUCAUUCCAAAAACGACCUUGCCUCCUUCAAGUCCCACUUACUUGAACGGAUUAAAAAUAGACCUGCUCCCGGGCCUGCCCCGGCUCCCGCCCCUCCAGUCUACCCUUACGUCCAAGUCCAUCCUCCAGUACAACAACAGCAACCUCCAGCUAGCCUGUACCACUUGAACGAAUUCACCUCCAGAUCUUCGAACCCAAAUAAUAUUGUGCCCCAACCCUACCCUCUAAACCCAAAUUAUACCGUAUACAAUAACCCCCACGAAGUGGCUUUCCGAAAUGUGAAGUUAAAUAACAACGACGAUUCCUCAAAUCAUCGCCAUCUUUCCAUCUUAAUGGACCCUUUACAACCAAUGCCUUCCACCACCCUAACCACCCCUUCUUCAACCAGAAACAACUCCAGAAUUGAAGAAUUCAAGAAAAAACCUCCGUCGGCUUCUCCAGAAAAUCACCAAUACCCGUUCCCCAUAAUGCAACAACCUUAUCACUUACCUCACCCUCCUUACCAUUUCUAUCCUCCUCCUCAAGUUUUGGAAAAUAAUCAUCGUACCAACUCCUUGCCUAAUUUCGAACAACAAAAGAGAGAAUUCCCCCCUAAAUCAAGUCAAAUCUUACAACGCCAUUCUCUUACUUCUUUCAAUCCCGAUUCAAAAUUUAAACUUGGCUCAUUAUCUCCCACAAUAGACGAUAAUGAUGAAAAUAAAAAACUCCUACCUUCGGUCCACGAAUUAGAUAAGUCAAUCAAAGGUACUUAUCUUGAAGAUGAUGACCGGUUGAAAAAGAGAAAAUUAUAAUAUUUCUGUAAAUAUAUAACUUAUUUAUCUGUAUU